AGGCAGUUUUGUAUCCAUAUGAUAAUAGAAUACGAUUAAGAACAUUACAGAGGAAAAAAAAAAGAAAAAAAAAAGGAAAUUGGAUUUAUACUUCCCUCAAAAUGCUUAGAAAUCUGAAGUAUGCAUUCAAAUCUUCCUCAUAUGUCUACCCACUUGUCCGUCUGCCUCUCAACGGGAUGAAAUAUUCGACCAAAGGGCCAAAUCAGGAAGGACCCACAGAGGAAAAGCUCACUGAGGAAGGACCCGCAGAGAAAUCGGCCCUUGACCAAUCAUUCAAUGUUCCCCAUAUCAACAAGAGUAUCAAAGAUGUUCUCAAAGGGCCCAAUCAGAAAGGACCAAAGGAGGAAAAGCCCACUCAGAAAGGACCCGCAGAGAAAUCGGCCCUUGACCAAUCAUUCAAUGUUCCCCAUAUCAACAAGAGUAUCAAAGAUGUUCUCAAAGGGCCCAAUCAGAAAGGACCAAAGGAGGAAAAGCCCACUCAGAAAGGACCCACAAAGGAAAGGCCCAAUCACGAAGGAGUCUCUGUGGAAUAUAUCAAGUGCAGUUUAAAAUAUAUUAUUAAUGAUUUAGAAGAAAUGCAAUCAAUGGUGCACAAAAAGAAUUUUCUAAAUUUGGGAGGUAUCAUAAAAGAUACAAUGGAUAAGACAACCAGACUGCGCGGGAAGCUCGAAAAAGCAGAGACGGCAGAGUACGUCAUUUACAAAGAUUUUGUUUACGGGUGGGAAGCUGCUCUGGGGCCGACACACUUUAGUGUGGGAAGAAGAGGAACAGCUUAUGGAUUGUCACGAACUGCCUUAAGGUGAAAUGAAAAUGAAGAAAACUGAAAAGAACAGCGGAGAUGAUGGCAUACACAUCCGUGAUAUGUGAUCUCAGCAAAAUCUCAUGUAGCCGAAAGGUAAGGCAGAGCAGCUUUGGAAAGCUGCUGGAGACUCCACGAGACCGUGAGGUUGGAGGGGGCCCGCAAGUGGCCGCAAGAUCUUCCGUGGAGGGGAGGUCUCUUCUCUCUUGCUGGAUCAGUGCUGCUCUAGCCCGGUCACGGUACAGCCACUCAAAAAGCAUCAAGUGAAGUGUAGAACCAAUGUUUUCCUGACAAUCACUAUACCAAACACUGGACAACGGGUUGCAGAGUUUUCUACGACUGGCAACAAUAGACAAUAUUCCAGGUGGUUCCUUGAAGAAUUUGUCCAUUUCAUAAAAAGAUAAAGCUCAAGAUGGAUCCCAGAGAGGAGACAGCCCACGCAGCUUUGGGCUCUGUAGGACCAUGGCAGAUUAAAAUAUUUCUGCUGAUGGCCUUCCUAAAGUUUCCUACGGCUUGGACUCUUCUCGGCCUAAUCUUCAUGGGCGCAUCUGUUCCUCACCAUUGCGUCGGUAGCGACAAGGAAUGCGAAGACGCAAGUGGAAACGCCUGUACGGUUUGGGAGUACAACCGGACCGUGUUCAAAGAGACAAUAAAUACAGAGUGGGAUUUGGUGUGCGGAAAAAGCCAGCUGGUUAACUUCGCCCAGAUGACGUUCAUGAUAGGGAUUAUGUUCGGGACGUUUCUGUUCAGCAUAGCAUCAGACAGGUGGGGACGGAAGACACCGCUGAUCAUGGCUGGAAUUUUACAAUUGGUCACUGGCGUGGCUACCGCCUUUAUUCCAUGGUACUGGGGAUUCAUCGUCCUCCGAUUUAUACAGGCUCUAUCGGUCGGUGGGACCAUGACUAUAAGUUUUGUACUAUGUAUGGAGGUUCUGAGUGGAUCAUGGAGGACUAUCAUGGCCUCGCUCACGCACAUCCCAUUCAAUUUGGGCACAAUCAUCAUGUCAGGACUAGCCUACUUGACCAGAGAAUGGAGGACAUUCCAAUUAGCCAUUUCUCUGCCAAUCAUUAUUAUCUUCUUAUAUCCAUGGCUUAUUACUGAGAGUCCAAGAUGGCUCUUAGCAGUAGGAAGAGAUAGAGAAGCUUUAAAGAUUCUUCAAGCAGCAGCUACCAGAAACGGGAGACCAUUACCUGAAAAAAUACCCGAAGUUAAAAAAGAGACUAAUAAAGAAAACGAAAAUGAGAAGAAGCCAGGUGUGAUCGAUCUUUUGAGAACACCAAAUAUGAGAAAGAAAACAUUAGUAGCAUGGUUUUGCUGGAAUAAUGUUGGUCUGUGUUUCUUCGGCUUGGAACAGUAUCUCUCUCAAGUUGGUGGUAACAUUUUCGUUAACGUCGCAAUAUCAGGGGCCUGUAUCAUUCCUGGAGUACUUGCUUCUAUAUUUACAAUGGACAAAUUUGGAAGAAGAUGGACAUUAUGCGCUGGGCAGUUUACUGCAGCUACUUGCUGUCUUAUAAUAAUUUUAUUGCCAAAAGAAGCUGAAUGGUGGCGUGUUACAUUUGCUACAAUUGGAGUGGCCGGUACUGCUGUUGGGUUCACAACACUAUAUUUAUAUUCGACAGAACUUUUUCCUACAGUUGUAAGAAAUACUGGCCUUGGAGCUGGCUCCAUGUGUGCAAGAGUUGGUUCAAUGAUAGCACCAUUUGUUGCAUCUUUGGAUAAAUUAUGGCAUAACGCUCCAGCAGUCAUGUUCGGAUGUAGCAGUUUAGCUGCUGGUCUCCUUUGUAUGCUGCUUCCCGAAACUGUAGGAGCAGUUUUACCGGUAACUCUUAUAGAUGGAGAGUUAUUUACUGGGAAAAAAGAAGAAAAGGAGAAGGGUAAAGACAACAAAGCAUACAUUGAAGAUAUAGCAAUGGAAACAUAACAUUCGAUCAACACCUUUUAUUUUAUAACUCAGAAGUGUUAUCUCAAUGUAAAUAUAUUUGUUUUUCUUAUUUGUUUUCCAAAAUUGUUAAAUUUUUUAAAUUAUUGUUAAAUAUUAGCGAUUCCAGAAGUAUUUCUCUUUUCAAAGCUACUUCCAAAAUAAUAUAUGAUUGUUUUUAUUUUAGUGUUUAAAUUUUAUAUUGUAUGUAAUUAACAUAAAUGAUCUUUGAACGAGGAGCCAGAAAUGAGUAAUUACAUGUGACUGACCAAAAUAAUCCUCAUUCAUUAACUAACAACACAGUAUUAAUGGAUUUAGUUGGUUUUAGUCCUUUAAAGAGGUUUCAAUCCAUGGAUUUUUUUUGUUAUAGGUUUUUUUUACGUAUAUCGUAAGAGCUGUGCCCCACAGAAUGUUUUUUUAACAUUGAUGUAUUUUGAAAGAAUAUAGUAUUUUUUAUAUUUAUUAUUUUAUAAAAUCAAAUGUGAUAAGAGAUAUUUAUAUUUAUUAUCUUAGUAGGUUGUAGAUACUGUAAAUGUCUACAUAUAUUUUAAUAAAGUUAAGUUUUGAUAA